AAAAAUAAAUGUGACAUUACAUUGACAAGACACACACACAUAUAUAGAUAGUUGUCUGUGUGUGUGUGUGCGUGCGCAUGUGACCAGUGUGGUUAAUAUUAAUGGUUCAUUUCAAGUCAUUUCUAUUGAUCUACACAAAGACUGAACUAGCCGGUCAUUAGAAACUGAAAUUUUCCGUGUCUUGUUGUUGUUGUCUUGUUGUUGUUGUUACAGAGGAUGGAGUGGUGUGUCCUGGUGCUGAUGCUGAGUCUGCCGUCCUUCAUCCACUCAGACUGCUCACACUGCCACAGAUGUGUCCUGCUCUCCAUCCACACAGACCAGACCCUCAGCAGCCUGUCCUGCAUCCUGGAGUGUGAGGAGACUCUGCUGAACCCCGCUGAGCUGCAGAAAUGCAGGGAGCUGGUGGACUCGGCCGUCAGCAGACAGAUGGGAGCGCGUGACGCGCCACAGGCUGCAGAGAAGCUGCUCGGUGGACUCCUGAAUGAAGCAGCAGACAACAUGAACGGCAGAACGUUCCCCUCCACCCAGCCUGAGGAGCUGUCUGAGGAGGUGCCGAGGAGGAGCGAGGAGGAGCAGGACGCGGCUCUCCAUCAAGUCAAACGCUACGGAGGCUUUUUACGCAAAUUUGGCCCCAAGUCCAAGAGGAGUAAUCCCGAGGAUCCGGGCAGCCGGGAGCAGGAGGAUCUGCACAAGAGGUACGGAGGCUUCAUGCGGAGGAUCCGACCCAAGAUCAACAACCUGAAAUGGGACAAUCAGAAGAGGUACGGCGGCUUUUUACGGCGCCAUUUCAAAUUUUCCUUGCGUUCAGACCAGGAGCCUUAUGAUGACUCUGGACUAUAGGUCAACAGUAAGACCAGAGGAAGACCUGGUUCACAGCUGAACAGUCUGCAGCUGACCAGCCGUACGCUACCGUGUCUGCCCCGUUGCUUUGUGGCUGCAGGUUUGAUGCUGCAGAUUCUGUCUGUAAAAAAAAAAAAAAAAAAGGCCGGUUGGUUCUUGUUUGUGUCAGUCGUGUUCAGAAGCCUUGUGUGUAAACGGGCUGAUCGGUACCAAGUCUCCUGUGUAUGUUAUGAGCAGAGUUGUUCUCUCCUUUAAUAAACCAUGUCUGUCUCACAAAACCAUGAAUAAA